AUGGCAGAUUCGAUCGUCUGCAAUUAUGAGAUGCAAGUCCUUGAAGUUCACGUUCGGUCCUUACCUUUGAUCGAUUCUUGGGCUCAGAUCGUUGGUUGCAGCAGCGGCUUGCUCUGUGUUAAACGUGAUUAUACCGAUACAUUUCUUCCUUCCUUUUUAGUGUGCAAUCCUGCCACUAGAGAGGUCAGGCAGGUGCCCAAACCUAAUCUUGAUGGAGAUGUGUACGAUUUAGGAUUUGGGUUUAGUCCAAUUGUGAAUGAUUACAAGAUAGUGAUGUCUCAUGAAACUCAGGUUGAUUUUGGGGAUAGUGGAGUUUCGAAUUAUAGAAUUGCUAAAGCCGAAGUGUAUUCAUUAAGCAAAGGGUCAUGGAAGGAAAUAGAAGUUUUGGACGUUGCGGAUUUGAGUCUUGAUCAUAAGGUGCUAGUUUCAUUUGACAUAGCGACUGAAGUGUUUACAUUGAUACCCCAUCCAUCAGAAAUUAGUUCAUGGUGUAUGCUUACUGUGUAUGAGAACAAACUUGCUAUAUUAUCUUGGCCUAUGAAUGCGAACCGUAAAUAUUUUGUGAUUGAUUUGUGGGUGACAGAGGAACGUGCAGGCACAUCUGGGGAGGGUUGGGGUUGGACUAAGAAAUAUUCUAUAAGCAGGUGUCCAUUGAUUCCAGAAGAUGUGGCUAAUGACUUUUCAGUUACUUUCAAGUAUGCAGAAAGUCUUGUACCUAUCGGCAACAUUCCUGUUGAGGAGCAUGUUAUGGCCCAAAGAGGUGAAACAGCCUGA